AACAAGACUGUCGUUCUGUCGACAUAUCGCAACCUCUUGCGCGCAACCCGCAUCGCCUUCCAAGGCGACGACAGCACACUAUACAACUCCCGUAGAUUCGCGCGAGACUCAUUCGACCAGAACCGCGGCAUCAAGGCUGGCAGCAUCGAAGCCGAGAAGGCUGUAGAACAUGCCCAAGGAGUGGCUCAGAUCUUGAGGGAAAAUGUAGUACAAGGCGCAACCGACAAGGAAGAAUCCGACACUUACAAAUUGCGAAUUCACGAUCAAACUGAGAGGGGCGACAAUGAGUCUGUCAAGCAGUUCAAAGGAACCACAAAGUCUUUCGCAGAGGUCAAG